UUCGAAAACAACUCAUAGAGAGCUCAAAAUUAAUCCGAUACAAUAAGCCCCAUUUACAAAUAAAUAAACAAAAGUAUAAAUUAUAUAAAAAAUUAUGCCAAGACAAACAGGACCUGGACCGGCUGCUUAUACGCUGCCCAGUACGUUUGGCUUUGAGAGCUGCGAUGCGCGCAUGCGUCGUGGUCCGCAAUAUUCGUUUGGACGUCGCACCGCAUUGCCGGCGGUUAAGAAAUCCGGACCCGGCCCGGCUGAGUAUCAAAUUGGGCAGGUGACGCGCUAUGGCAACGCACGUGGCUUGCAGUUCUCGAUGCUGCAGCGCGGGCAGCUGAACAAACCGAAUUCGGUGCGUUAUGAUUGAUAAGACGAAAAUGAAAAUGAAGAAAAA